AUGGAACAGAAGGCCAAGGAAAAGGCCAAGGAAGCAUCCAGUUCCCCGGUCACUAGCCCUGCGAGCAGUGGUCGGAGGAGACGUCAGCCGACAGAAGCGGCAGGACAAGGAGAUGCUGAAGAAGCUGCUGCUGAAGUAUCACCCCAAGCCCCAUCAGGUGAACAUGAGAUUGGUGGCUUUGCUUCGCCUCGUAGCCAUCAUGAAGACGAUGACUUUGUUGAUGUUUCUCCUUAUGUGGAGCUUUUCAAAAAGGUCAUGGAAGGGCUCAGGGGAGAUGCAUUUCUCAUGGCCAAGGACUUGGGAUUGAAUGCACUAAUGGAUGUGGGCCCUCCUACCGGAUUGGAAUUGCUGGUGGAGAGAAUCAAGGAGCAUGUGUUUCCCUUGAGGUCACAUGAAGCAAGGGAACUUUUCAGGCUUGGACAACAGGCUAGUGGCCCCCUUAGCCGUCAGUCUGCAGAGACGAUUUUGUCUUUUAUAGGAAGACGAAAACGCUGGUGGAUCCAACUCAAAGAGCUAGACCCAGAAAUGACGAUAUCCACCCAAAUGCGGGCUGAGCUUCCCCUUGAGACAUCAGGUCACACCCGUCGAGAGCAACUCAUGGUCAAGACUGCUUGCCCGAAACCAAGCUUCGAAGGAUACAGUGAGAUCCUACUGGAACACCAUGGAAGAAUCCAUCUGAGGGAUUCAAGAAGUUUGGCCCCUCCUUCAAGGCCCUUUCCAGCGAAAGGAGCAGGGAAGAACAAAGGAAGGGGAUGGUAUCGAUCGGGUUUCUUUGCAGGGGACUAUGAUGGCCAAGCAGGAAAUGAAGCAGCAGGUGAAGGAGACAACUACGAUAUGGUGAAGGAGCUUAUUACAGAAGACCCAGAUGAUUGCGACUGGGUGUCAGAUGAAGAUCUUGGCAUUGCACUGACAGCCAUGGCUGCCUGUGACAUGGACGAGACAUCAACAGAUGGUCUUGAAGAACUUGGUGAGGCUUGCCAGCACCAGUUGCAGGCCUACGCAGCUGUGGAACGCUAUGGACACUGGGCAGGUGACCCAGAAUGCAAGAUGCCCAACAAGAAACCCAGUGCCAAAGCGUCGGUCCCGGGUCAAGUGCCGAGCCAAGGGAAGGUUGGCUACUUUGCCCUGAGUGAUUCCUCAGGUGUCAAGCCAUGCAUUGGCUUCACGUGUGCCCAGAAUGCCUGCCUUUCGUGCCAGGUUACACCCAAGCCAGUCCCUGAGGAAGUUCAGCCAAGAUCUGCCCCGGUGCCAGGAUCGAGGGAAGCCUUGGGAAGGGCUGUGAGUCAGUCUGCAGCACCCAUGGUAGAUCUGGUAGAAGACCUGUUGAAAUAUGAGAGGUUGGAAUUGCUUUUGAGUACUGAGGACUCAGUAGCAGUGAUGCACCAGUUUCAACAGGAUUGUGAAGUGGAAUCGAACCAUGACCCCAACAUGCGCGCCAGUGUCAUGAUCGACAUCUUGCGCAACGCCAUUGAGGCCGUGGUUGAAGCCAGAGACGCAACCCAUGUUGGGUACGUGGCGCUUUCCCCUCUAGAGGACGAUCUAGAAUGCAACAUGCUUCCAGUGGUGGAUGUUCUGAAUGAUGAACAUGUACGGGGAGUGUUGGACGAGGGUUGCAACUCGACAGUUUGUGGCCAUGAGCGGAUGGAAACAUGCAAAGCCAAACUGAAGAAUAUGGGUUUUGAAGUUCCUCUGCAAUCUGAUGAGCAGAAGGCAUUCAAAGGUCUUGCAGGGAAUGUGCGCACCAAGGGUGGAUGCAGAAUCCCAUUUGUGUUGGAACCUGAAGGUGGUAAGAGACUGCCAGGUGUUUUGGAAACGUAUGUGGUUGGUGAGCCAGGAGAUCCCACGCCCCUGUUACUGUCACAACAUGCUCAAGCAGCAUUGGGUUUGGUGGAAGACAUGGCAACAUCCACAUGCGCACUUGGUAAGGAUGGUCCCACCUUGAAGCUCCACAGAACCAAGGAUUCAGGACUCUUAUGCGUAUGUUUGAGCAAGGGGUUGAUCAACAUGCCAUUCAGGGAGACACCACCUCAGAUCAGGGAGUUGAAGAUUCCUGACAACAUGGCAUAUGUCAGCACCACCCCGCGCACCAUGGCCCCUGCUGGACAGCAAGUGCUGAUCUUCACGGCAGGGCUUGUGCGCAAUGAUUGGACCAUGCAGGUCAUGCACGCUUUGGUCAGAAGAGUACACCAGAGCGUUCUGGAUGGGAAGUCAGUUGGUGUGGUGGUCUACUGCAGGAGAAACCGACACAGGAGUGUGGCCCUGGGCUGGUUGAUCUCAUGUGCCUUGGAGUUCUUGAAAGACAGCUGCAGUCUGACCCAUACAAAUGCGAGAACCAGUUGGGCUCAGAUGUCAGGUGGCUGCAAGGGCAGAUGUGACCACUGCCACCACGUCAGCAUGGAUGCCAAGACUGAGGCAGAAGAUCGUGCUGGGAAGUUGUGUGAUUUGGCCCGUUGUGAGAUGAGUGAGAGGGACAUGAGAGUGCUGGAUGACUGCUGUGAGGUGAGAGGUGUUGGAUUGGCAUCAGCACCCAAGGCAGCUCCCACAGCACUAGCGCCAAGGGCACCUGUGGCCAAGGCGGAAGGCAAUGGCUUCAGGAUCUUCCUCUUACAGAAGGCGACCAAGGAGCAGAAGCGAGUCAUAUCGCCGGCCAAGGACACCUCCCAGACCACCUACAAGCUGUUGGAUGCCAUGUGGUAUGCAGCUGCUGUGGACCACCAGACUGGCUACAAGCAGAAGUGCUUGCGCUGGAUUGGUCCGUACUUUCCAGGUACGACAGCAGAAGAAAGGAAGGUGCAGACAGUUGAGCAGAACAACAUGUCGUCCAAUGUGAAGGUGGCAGUACUUGGCCCUGACUACAUUGGACUGUGCCUGCAGGAGGAAUCCUGUGACAGGAAGACCAUCAGGAGAUCAUGGGCUUCACCGGCUAUGAGAGCUGAGGGAUGGAGCGUCAGCAUCUAUGACUACAUCGACAGAAGCUGGACAGUGGAUGGGACCUACCCUUGUGGUGAUGAGUUGGGAUACCAUCACGAGUCCACAGGUAGGAUCCUGGUGUAUGCUCCUACGAGGGAAGCUGAGGCAUCAUCUCCGCACGAGCCUGGUGAGCCUGGAGACGCCGAGGAUGGAAACGGCGAUGGGAAUGCCCCUGGUGACGAUCAGGAGGAAGAGAAGGACGAUGAUGUUGAAGAGAUCACUGAAGAGGACAGUACGCGCCUUGCUUUUGAAGCAGAGUUGGAAACAACGGAGAACCAAGAACCCAUGGAUGUGGCUGAGGAAAUUCCCGCUGCACAUGCCGCAGCCAUGACACCGAUGCAUCCCAACAAGUACAUCGAUCUGGCCAGUGACGAUGAUGAUCCAAGCGGUGUUGCUGGAUCUGAGACAACAACAACUGCUGUGAAGCUGGAGGUGAAAACAGAGUCUCAGCCAUGUGCGUUGUUGGGAGCCCUGAUGUCCACAGAGUCAAGGGUAAUGGACAAAAAGGACAAAUGUGUAGCGACUUCAGGGUUGAAGAUCAUGCAGCAUGAAGAUGACGUCAUGAAAGCCAUGGUAGAAGCAACUCCUGUGCCAGAGUCGGUCCACAUGUUGGUCUUAAGGGAUCCCACGGUCAACUUGUCCAAUUGGAAUGACGUGCAUGUCAUUGCAGUAAGAGACCGUGAUGAUGCCUUGAGCAGGCUGGCCAAGGAGUGGAACGAUGGUCGAGUGUCCAUGACACCAAGGCAAUUUGGCCACCCAACACCUGCUACCUUGAAGAAAGGAUUUCACAUGUGUGAAGUUGUGAAAGAAGGUGGAGGACAGCCCGCUUCAGAGGCGUGUGCCAAGGCACUGAUGACCAAGUGGAUCGCUUGGGCUGGUUGGCCACGUGCAUGCAUCAUGGAUCGAGGCUUGCACAACAGAGGUGCAGUAGCCAGGGUGCUGUCAAGCCAUGGAUGCAAGAUCGAGUUUGCCCCUUUGGAAACCCCAGCAGCAAUAGGGAAGGUUGAACGUCAUGGUGGAAUUCUGAAAGCGAUGGUCAGAAAAGUGAUUGCCGAUACCGAGACGGCAGGACUUGCAGACUUUGAGGUGCUGCUGCAAGAACGCACAUCCACGAAGAACAACAUGCAGAGAACAAACGGUUACAGUGCAAGUCAAUGGGUCUUGGGAAAACAGCCACGCAUGCCAGGCUCAGUCACAGACAUGUCAGAGAGCGCUGACAUGGGUGUAAGACUGACCCUGAUGUCUGCCAAUGAGAGUGAGGCCGUAGCCUUCUCCAUCUUGAAUGGGGAGCCUGUGCUGCCAGAUGCCAUUGUGUCAGGCCCUCAGCAGCAGAAGUACAUCCAUCUUGAAGAUGAACAACAAGGACCGGUUGGAAUCUUUGAUGAUGAUUUGGAUGCCCCUCAGGGGAGCAGUGCGCCAUCAAGAGCUCCAGGAACACCAGGAACAAGGAAGCAGGCCAGAGAUAAGACGGGCAGAACUGAACGUUCUGCUCCGUACACCAGGGUGGCACCAACUACCCCUGGAGCACUGCCAGGUGACACGAUGCUGGCUGAAAUGGUGGAUGGUGACCAUUGGCGUAUUGCAAAGGAUGUUGCAAUCAGAGUUCACGCAGAGCCCAGGAAGAGAGAGUACAACACGAUGAUCGAUGGUGAUUUGCCAGAUGGGCUUCAGGACUCAGGGUUUGCAGCAGUAAGGAAAACUUUCAGGAAUGGGGAUGUAAAAACAAACGAAACGGGUAAGCUAAGUAACGUAGAAGAAACGGACGCUUGGACCGGUUUCACUGUCUUUCGAAGGGCACAAGACCCAUUCGACCGCAUGCGAGCCAUGGAUCUGGAACUGGACUUGGAGCCACUGAGGUCUUUCAUUGCACAGCGCGUUGUGGAGGCCGACGAGGCGGUUCAAUCUGGGAAGGUGGCUAAAACGGUAGACAUCAGGAAGGUCUCACCAGAGAUCUCAGAGAUCAGGACCUUGAUGAUGGAAGCUCGAACUGCUGAGUGGGAGAAGUACAAAAGCUUCAACGCUGCAAUUCCCAUUUGGGGAAAGGAGCUUCAAAAUCUACUGGAUGAGGGUUUCUACUUGUGCAGGGAUUCAGAAGUGAAGACAGCAGGAAUGAAGGCGUCAAAGGUGAUGCCUGCCCUGUACUACCAUCAGGACGAAAAUGGUGAACUGGAUGCCAUGCUAUGCACCCAUGUGGAUGACCUACUGUUUGCCCACAAGUCAAGUGGAGCAAAGGUGAUCCAGGAGAUCCUUGGAAAAUUCUCAGUCGGAAAGACUGAAGAAGGAAGCUUCCGAUACUGUGGACGUCGGUUUACCCAACAUGAUGAUUUCACAGUUGAAAUCGAUGCUGAGGAGAACACCAGAGGAAUCAAGCCAAUUUCGAUUGACAAGUCUCGUAAGGGAACUGACGUUGUCACGGAAAAGGGGUUGACAAGUCUCCGGUCAGUGACGGGGUCACUGGCGUGGGUAGCACGGUACCGUCGUGCAGACUUGGCGUACAAGGUGAAUGAACUCCAGAGACUCUGUAAUCCAAAGGCCACGGUGUCAGACCUAAGGCUGGCAAACAAGGCUGCUGAACUGGCACACCAGAACCAAGACAUGAAGCUGGUGUACAAGGCCAAUUGGAUUGACUGGAAGGAUCUUGCAGUGGUGAUGUACAGCGAUGCGUCCUUUGCAAAUGAACCCGGAUUCAAAUCCCAGCAAGGCAGAAUUCACUAUCUGUCUACGGCGACGGCUUCGCGCUUAACCGAGAAAGAUCACAACAUAAUACAUGUGAUCGGGCUCGGUUCGUCAACAUUGAAGCGUGUGUGCAGAACCACGUUGCAAGCUGAGUCGUACGCACUUCAGAGUGCAGUGGAACACGGUGAUCGCCCGAGGUGUGUCUUGUGUGAGAUGACAGGCAAGCUGGUGUCGAUGACAGACUGGCACGAGCAAUGCCAGAUGAAGAUGAUGAAGCACAUUUGUGUGUCUGACUGCAUGAGCUUGGUCGAGCACCUGAAUGCAGAAGUGCCCAAGAAGAUCCAAGAUAAACGGCUGAAGAGCAGUCUUGAGUACUCGCCCUAUGGGGACGAGCUGUGGUGGAUUGAGACUGCCCGGUCUGGGGGCAAGUCUAGCGGAGUGCUUACCAACUUGGCGGCAAGUUCCCUGACAGGUAUAAUCGUGAGUUCUUUGAGCCACCCAAUAGACACACUCAAAUGUCGUUGGCAAGUGGUUGGAAAGGCAUCUCAAGCACGGCAUGUUUUUGGCUUUGCUCGCUCUGUGCUAAUGGAGGAAGGACUCUUGACAGGGCUCUGGAGGCCAGGUUUCCUGCCAAAUGUGAUGUCGAUGGCAUGCUGCAUUGGGAUGAGGAACGGAUUGUACGGAUGCUUCCGAGAUCGCAUCGGCCAGAUGGGAAUCUCUGCAACAGGCAAAGCUGACAAGGUUGGUCCAGCUGGGAUGUUCUUCGCAGGCCUUUGCUCAGGGGCGACCGGCUACGUUAUUGCUUCUCCACUGCUCCAGGUCAAGACCCAAAUGCAGGCGGAAGCUGGCAAGAUUGGCCCUGACGGCUUGUAUGCUACUGGCGUGCUGCGUGGCCACGCACCAACAUACCAGAGCACUUUCAAGGAGAUACGAAGCUCGGAGGCUUUAACAGCGCUGGUUGCGUCGAGCUCAGGGCCUGGGAGCGCAAUGCGGACCUUGUGGCGUGGCGCUGGUGUGAUUGUAGCUCGUGGCUCUGCUCUUUCUGCUUCUCAACUGAUGGCGUACGAUGAAGCCAAAACGAAGCUAAAGGCCUCUGGUCUGGGCGACGGCCCUUUGGUGCACCUCACGUCCUCUGUCAUUGCCGCGGUAGUUGGCACUACGUGCCAUAUGCCGUUUGAUGUGGUGCUUACCAUGUAUCAAAGUGCACAUAGUUUGGGUGGUGAGCGCUAUGACCGGUAUGGUCGCCAUGGACCAUUGGGCUGUGCGCUUGCCCUUGUUCAAGAGUCAGGACCAUCAGUUCUUUUCCGUGGAUGGGUGCCUGCUUUUGUUCGCCUUGUUCCUGUGAGUGUAUUUUCCUUCGCUUUGUACGAACAGCUUCGGCAGCUCUUUGGUAUCGGUUACUUGGACUGA